CUUUCUUUCUCUUCCUCUCAUCCAAUAGCCUAUAUAUACCCGCUGCCUUGCUUGUUUUCUUCACACAACUUCCUUCUCUACCCAACUAGCUGCUACUACUACUACUACAACUCCCACUCUCUCAACACCAACAAUUCAAUUACUACUCAUUGAAUUCAUGGAAUUCAAUUUCAUGUUUUAUUCAUUUGCUUCCAUCUUCCUCAUUUUUCUAUUCCGUUGUCUUUUUAAAUCCUUCAAGUCCAAUAGCCGGCAACUACCUCUCCCCCCAGGCACCUUGGGUUGGCCUUACAUCGGUGAAACGUUUCAACUCUACUCUCAAAACCCAAAUGUCUUCUUUGCUUCAAAACAAAAGAGAUAUGGCUCCGUAUUCAAGACCCACAUACUAGGCUGUCCUUGUGUGAUGAUUUCCAGCCCGGAAGCUGCAAAAUUCGUGCUCGUAACCAGAGCUCAUCUCUUCAAGCCAACAUUUCCAGCAAGUAAAGAGAGGAUGUUGGGCAAACAAGCCAUCUUCUUUCACCAAGGAGAGUACCAUGCUAAAUUGCGGAAGCUUGUUCUCCGUGCCUUCAUGCCUGAAGCCAUCAAAAGCAUCGUGUCUGACAUCGAAUCCAUUGCUAAAGAUUCCCUCCAGUCCUUGGAGGGGAGGGAGAUAACCGCUUUUCUAGAAAUGAAAACAUACACGUUCAAUGUUGCGCUACUUUCCAUAUUUGGAAAGGACGAAGUGCUUUAUAGGGAAGAUCUCAAGAGGUGUUACUACAUUCUUGAGAAGGGGUACAACUCAAUGCCCAUUAACCUUCCCGGUACACUUUUCAACAAAUCAAUGAAAGCAAGGAAAGAGCUUGCUCAAAUUCUAGCCAAAAUCCUAUCAACCAGGAGACAAAUGAAGCUCGAUUGCAAUGACUUACUGGGGUCUUUCAUGGGUGACAAAGAAGGCCUUACUGAUGAACAAAUUGCUGACAACAUUAUUGGUGUAAUCUUCGCUGCUCGUGACACCACCGCUAGCGUACUGACAUGGAUAAUUAAGUAUCUUGGAGAAAACCUGAGCGUCCUUCAAGCUGUCACGAACGAGCAAGAGGCUAUAAUUAGAAGUAAAGAGAAGUGCGGUGAGGAGCAAACUCUCACUUGGGCUGACACAAGGAAGAUGCCAGUAACUUCUAGGGUGAUUCAGGAGACACUCAGGGUUGCUUCAAUCCUAUCAUUCACCUUCAGAGAAGCAGUAGAAGAUGUUGAAUAUGAAGGGUAUCUUAUUCCAAAAGGGUGGAAAGUUUUACCACUUUUUAGAAACAUUCACCACAACCCAGAAAUAUUUCCAGAUCCUGAAAAGUUUGAUCCAUCCAGAUUUGAGGCUGCUCCCAAGCCCAAUACAUUUUUGCCAUUUGGCAAUGGAACCCACUCAUGUCCAGGGAAUGAGUUAGCCAAGCUGGAAAUUAUGGUCCUUCUCCACCAUCUGACCACAAAGUACAGGUGGUCUAUGGCGGGUGCAAACAGUGGGAUUCAGUAUGGUCCUUUUGCUCUUCCCCAGAAUGGUCUGCCCAUCAGAUUAACCAGAAAACCAUAGCCUAAGAGUCCCCGACAACUCAGAGGGAAUUCUCAACUUUAAACAUAGGCAGCAGCAAAGGCAAAGGCAAAUGCAAAGCCAAGGACACUCCCUAGAAGAGAAAGAAAGAGCUUUCUCUCUUUCUGGGCAAAAGACAUCCAAAAUAAGAAGAAACUUAGGAUUAGCAUACCACAAGGGAACAGCUAAGUGUACAGAAGAGUCUCAUAACACACAAAAAAAAAAGAAGCAAAUUCUGUUUAUUCUUUUUCCAACUAAUGGAAAAGAAGAAGGAAAAAAGAAUGAUCCAGCAAAAUAUCAAUGACUUUUACGUGUGUUGGUCCUAAGAGGAUAUGUUUUUGUAAUUUCCUGAAGUCCGCAAGGCAAAAAAGAAAAAAAAAUUAAUUGUUGAAAUUUUGGAUGGUACAUAAACUGACUCAUUCGGCUCUAUGAUAGAGACUGCCAUCAAGUCUUUGCUUAAUGCUAGUUAUCCUUUCCUCUUU